GCCUGUUGCAAAACGAUUAGCGGAAUGCAGCGGAACUGCAGCGCCAAGCCACCAGCUGUGUUUACACACAGCAACCCGACUCUCCUAGGUGACCUUUGCCCCCACGGUUCGCCCGGUUUCCCAACUUCCCGUUUGGCUGUCCGCCAUUUUUUUGGAGACGUGGCAGCCAGAGUUUUCUCAGUCUAAUCUUACGCGAAGUUUUAAACACCUGUCGUUACUUUCUCAACGACGCAACGCCGUGAGGCGACAGGUGGGGACUUUGUGCACUGCCGACGCUACCUGUUCCGUGAUAACACCGCGCCAGAUAUGGACGAGACAAUGUGUGGCGUUGCCUCUGAACAUCCUGGGGACGAGACCUGCUGUGGGUCUCCCUCUGAACAUCCUGGGGACGAGGCAAGCAGUGGGUCUCCAACCGAACAUCCUGGGGACGAGACCAGCUCUGGGUCUCCCUCCGAACAUCCUGGGGACGAGUCAAGCCGUGGGUCUCCCUCCGAACAUCCUGGGGACGGGAACACGACUGGAACGGGUAGUUUGAACGAACACGUGACCAAGCGCGUGGCCAAGAACGUGACCAAGCACGUGACUAAGCGCCUGACCAAGCGCCGGAUCCGGGAGAGACGCUACAAGUGUGAUCAGUGCGACUACGUCGCCACACAGAAAAGCAACUUGGACCGCCAUAUGGCCAAACACACCGGUGCGAAGCCCUACAGGUGUGAUCGAUGCGGGUACAGGACGGCGUACAAGUCCACCAUAGUCCGCCACAUAACUAAACACACAGGUGAGAAACCCUUCACCUGUAAGCAGUGCGGGCUCGGAGCUGCUUCCCAGAGUAACCUAGUCGUGCACAUGAGAACUCACACCGGUGAGAGACCCUACCAGUGUGAGCAGUGCGAGUAUUCCGCUGCGCAGAAGCACAACUUUGUCCUGCACAUGCGCAAACACACCGGUGAGAAGCCCUACGCGUGCGCAGAAUGCGGGCACAAAAUGGCGUCUAAGUCGGAACUGAUUUCCCACGUGAGGAUCCACACAGGAGAGAAACCGCACAAGUGUGACCAGUGCGACUUCUCCACCGCGCACAGAACCAGCUUCACUCAACACAAGCUCACCCACACAGGGGAGAAACCCUACCAGUGUGAGGUAUGUGCGUACAGAACGGGUCAAAAAGAGCACCUCGCUAGACACAUGAAAACCCACUCAGGGCAGAAACCUUACGUUUGCGGGGUAUGUGGCCACAGGACGGGCGAUAAGUAUAACUUGGCCAGACAUAUGAGAACACACACAGGUGAGAAACCCUUCAAAUGUGACCAGUGCGACUAUUCUUCUGCACGGAAAAGCCACUUGGACCUACACGUGCUUACCCACACCGGUGAGAAACCGUACGUGUGCGAGGAGUGCGGUCACAGGUCAGCCGGCUGGUCUAACAUGGCCAGGCAUAAGAAACAACACUCGGCGGAGAAACCCUACAAGUGUGAGCUCUGCAACUUUUCCGCCACACAGAAGAAUAACCUAGCCCGGCACAUGCACCAACACACAGGAGAGAAACCCCACGCCUGCAGUAAGUGUGACUUCAGGACGGCCCACAAGGUAAGCCUGACAUCGCACAUGCGGAAACACAGGGGAGAGAAACCCUACAAGUGCGACAUGUGUGACUACUGCACUGCGUUCAGGAGCAACCUGGCCCGCCACAAGGCGACCCACAGUGGAGGGAAACCCUACAUGUGCGGGGAGUGCGGCUUCAGGUCAGGUAACCGGGCUGCCCUAUCCCGACACGUGAAGACUCACGAGGGGGAGAAACCCUACAAGUGUGAGCAGUGUGACUUCGCUCACAUGGAGAGGCGUGGGUUAGACCGACACAUGAUGAAACACACAGGGGAGAAACCCUUCAUCUGCGAGCAGUGCGGGUACAGGUCGGUGGAGAAGGCGCAGCUCGCGCGGCACAUCAGAUCCCACACAGGAGAGAAACCCUACAAGUGUGACCAGUGCGACUUCGCUGCCGCUGACACGAGCUACCUCACCCGCCACAUCCUGAAACAUCACACCGAUGAGAGACCCUACAGGUGCGAGACCUGCGGCUUUAGGACGAAUGACCCGUCCGUCCUGUACCACCACAGAAGGAAACACACAGGGGAGAAACCCUACAAGUGCGACCAGUGCGACUAUGCUUCCACACAGAAGCGCAGUUUAGCGUGGCACAGGCUAGACCAUAUGGGUAAGAAGCCUUCUACGUGUGCGGGCAGUGGGGGUACAGACCCGGCGAAAAGUCAACCUUAACCGCGCAUUUAGAGCAUACUGUAUUACUGUAACAUGUGUAAACUGUUACUUCGUGGAGACUGAAAUUAGGUUUCUCGGCUGGGCUAAAAAAAAAGGACUUUUCCCGGUGUUUUCGAUGCCGUAGUACAAAAUUGUCAUAUUUAACCGCCGAAAAAAAAGCCGCGACGAAUAUUUACUCAAGUUUUACAAGAAAACCCCUACAUGUAUACGGAGGGUGGAUACAGGGUGCGUGCCUGCACUAGUGGUCUGGAAGGUAUACACAAUUCCCAGUGCCUACAGGUUCUGUCUACAUUAGAUAUGUACAAGUGAGAUUGGCAUAAACGUCACUAAUCAACAUAAGUUAUCAUCCGUCGAUGUAGGUUAGACAUCCAGGUAAUAAGAUAUGCCAAAAAGCAGUUACUCAAGCAACUGGAUAUGAUUUUGGAAACGGUCAGACGUUUCAACUGGAAUCCACCAGUUUUUGUCAGUGACACUUGACGCUUUUUGGCAUAAGUUAUCAUCGUGGACUGUCCAGAUUAAACUGAUAAAUUCUUAAAGCCGCCGUCAAAAGACGUUGUUGCGUAGGUAAGAAUUUCUAAAUACGGACAUUACCAAUAGUGUGUAAAUAGGUUAAUACAAUAGAAAAUAUGACAGUAUUAGAAAAUGUAGUAUUAAAGAUAGUUCAAGCUAUAUUGGAAAUAAUUGUAUUUACUGUUACAAAAUCAUUGUGUCUGUCUCGGCGUUGUAGACAACACUGGACUGUCCCUGUACUUCUGUUGUGCCAAUCGACUUUUUGUGUUAUAAACAAUGUUUAUCCAAUCAGAUUGAAACCCCCUUGAUGACAAGUUACCGUAUCAUCGUUCUCCUUGUAACUUUCAUUAUUUUCUGUAUGAAAUAUAAUAAAGAAACGAAUGCUCGCA